AUGUCAUUCAGCCACAUUCUGUCAGUAUCUCUACUUUCAAUCUUCUUGUUUCAAUUUGGUAAUUCCGGGGACAUAUUAAGGAGUAGAGACAGAUGGGUUUCAGUUAAGGGCGGCGGCACACUUGUGUCUGCUAGAGAAACAUUUGAGGCUGGGUUCUUCAGAUUUGCAGCAACUGAAGGCUGGUUUUUAGGAAUUUGGUACAAAAAUGUACCCGAAAGAACUUAUGUUUGGGUAGGUAAUAGAGAAGAACCUUUACUCAGUUCUGACGGGAACUUAGAAGUCUAUGAUGGGAAGUUGGUUAUCCGGGAUAAGUCUAAUGCUGUGUGGUCCUUGACUAGAAAUGAAAGAAGAAAGAGUUCUUCAACAACAGUUGCUCAACUCUUGGACAACGGGAAGUUCGUUCUCAAAGAUCCCAACAACGACAAUCCUGAAGAUUUUUUUUGGCAGAGUUUCGAGGAACCGACUGAUACCAUACUUCCUGAGAUGAAACUAGUAUGGCAUUUCCGAAACAAGUAUCUGACUUCCUGGAGAGCGGUUGAUGAUCCACAACCAGGAGAUUAUGAGUAA